AUGCUAUUUCCAUUGAUUGCAAUAAAACGGAGCCUCGAGGAUGUUGGUUAUCUGGCUCUAGAUGUUUUCACAACCGGUAACAGAGAUGGCGUUCGAAGAACCCUCAUCCUCCUCCUCACAUGUAGCUUCUCCAGCCUCCUGCUCAGCUCCCUGCUCCUCCUGUACCUCCUCUUCCCCCUGAACUAUGAGCUGGCGGUGGCCGGAGGGAUUGCCGUCUGCGUAGAGGCACUACUGACGGUCGCCCUGUUCCUAUCAAAGAGAGUAAGGUGCUUUGGGAUUCUAUUUGUGAUCUCCAUGUUCAUGAAGAAGAGUCGGAACCUGCUCCUGACCGCUGGGACCAGUUUGGUGGUUCUUAGAAAUAUCCGCAACACCUUGGAGAACACCACCGGCCUGGUCCGGAGCAUGAUUUGCAACCUAAAGGCCAAGAAAGCAGCCAUCGUCGCUCCGUUCAGUAGCUAUGUGGAGAUGUUGAAGUGGCUGGGAAACAUGCUCAAGGGGGUUACAGACUUAGGGGUGGUGAACCUCGACUCCCAACUCAAGGUGUCACCCAGACUGGAAUCAGACAAGUUCCGGUGGAAACUUAGUGAAGCAGAGCAGAGGCUGAACGACACCAUGAAGUAUGUCCAGGCCCUCAUGAGUACAGUCUCCUCUGUGACCGAUAGGAUGUUUCCUGCCAUCAGCUUCCUCGUGCUCAUGCUCUUCAUAGCGCUGCACGUGAAGAAAUACUGCGGUGACGCCAAAUACCAAAACCGGUUCAUGAGCAGCAAGUUUAUUGUUUUCGACGAGAGGCGGAAGGUGGAAGGAAAGCCCCACGUCCUCCCCCUCACGCCAGAGGAGGAGAAGCUGUACGCCGCCAUCCCCUCGGCCCGUCCCACCACCAGAGAGGGGCGAGCCAUGCUGAAAUUUGGUGUUCCGGUUGUCUCCCAUUUCAUGGCUUGGGUCAUAUUCAUAACUGUGGAUGCCUUAUUGUACUGCUUUGUCGAUAUUGUGACAAGAAAGUUAUCAGAGCUGGAACCGUUCCACGUCCCGUUAUUAAUGAGCAUCAAAGGGAUUGCGACUCUAGUAGGCAUACCGCUUGGUGAGGAGAACCAUCAGAAAGACUUCUCCUACUCUGUGACCCUGUUUGAGAAGGAAUGCCUUCCUAAACCCAAGCUGCUGCUCUACAACUCCGUCAUUCCUCUGGCUGCCAUCCUGCUCACCUUGUUCAUCAUGGCUCUGAUGGCUGCCAAAGUGGGCCAGCUCAGGCUGAUGGUCUGCGAGAGAUUCUUCCCCAGCGCCGCGGAGGAGAGAGUGGAGUACCUGCACGCCAAAAUCCUGAGGAAGAGAUGCAAAAAGAGGAAGGGGAAAGACAACUGCAGCCUCACGUCGCUCUAUUUAAAGCCACAUUUCUGGUGCCCGCUGCUCUUCAGGCCCAAAGGGGAUCCGCAAAGUGUCGUGUGAAGAAGUUGUUCUUUUAGCUGCAUGUUUUCUCUGUUCUAUGAUAAGAAAGCAUAAGAAGGUCCCCUGCUGAGGGCAGCUUUCAACAACAGAUUCUACAUCCUUGAUGAUCCUGUUAUUACAUCAUUCAUUUUUAAAUCAACUUUUACCUCAUAAGGCAGUGACACUUGUGACUUAAACACUACCAAUUUAUAUCUAAGCUGUCCGAUCCGUCCGAGAAUCACUGAACUCUCAGCGAGCCGCUCUGGAGGGAUAAAUAAAGUCCUUCAGAUACAGCAGUCAGGGUGAAGACCUGAUCCAAUGACCGCUGCGACUGCAACACUGUGCACUUUGUAACUGGAAUGAAA